GAAAGAAAACAAAUUAAAAAAAAGAAAAAGAAAAGGAAACUUUGAGAAGCAUACCAAAUCGGCUUCUUCCCCAAGCCAAAACACAAUCCCAAUUUCCCAGGGUAAAUCCAUCAAUACCGCCGAAACCACACAUCAAAAGAACAAAAAUAUCAGAAAUCGCAAGAAAUCUCAGAAAAAAAUCAAUCGAUUUCUCCAGUCCAAAGCUUUUGACCUGCUUUUGUUACUGCUUGAAUUCUAAAAUUGUAAAAUUGGGAAUUUGCAAUCCCCAAUUCGGAAACAGAUGAUAUCCGGCAGGCAGAAGAGCAGCCGGUCUCUGGCGUCGCCGUCCAGCUCGCGCUUCGUGACGGAAACCGUUAACGGGUCCCACAACUUCGUCAUCAAAGGGUACUCCUUGGCCAAAGGAAUUGGGGUCGGAAAGCACAUUGCCAGUGAGAAUUUCACCGUCGGGGGGUUUCAAUGGGCCAUCUAUUUUUACCCUGAUGGUAAAAACCCUGAGGAUAACUCAGCUUACGUCUCCGUCUUCAUUGCCCUCGCCUCCGAGGGCACCGACGUCCGAGCUCUCUUCGAAUUGACACUCGUUGAUCAGGGUCCUAAUGGCAAGCACAAGGUCCAUAGCCACUUCGAUCGCUCGCUCGAAAGCGGGCCUUACACCCUCAAGUAUAGGGGCAGCAUGUGGGGCUACAAACGAUUUUUCAGACGGACACUGCUCGAAUCAUCUAGUUUCCUCAAGGAUGAUUGCUUGAAAAUUAAUUGCACUGUUGGUGUUGUGGUUUCUGCAAUAGAUAGUUCGAGAUUGCACUCCAUACAUGUCCCCGAUUCUGAUAUUGGAGAUCAUUUUGGUAUGCUUUUGGAGAAUGAGGAAGGUUCAGAUGUUACUUUCAAUGUAUGUGGAGAAAGGUUUCAUGCCCACAAGUUAGUACUGGCAGCUAGAUCUCCUUUAUUUGAAAAAGAAUUUUUCGAUGGAAUGAAAGAAGAGAAUCAUGAUGUAGUUGUUACAGAUACGGAUCCCAAGGUCUUUAAGGCGUUGUUACACUUCAUAUACACAGAUAACCUUAUUGAAGAUGAAGAGUUGUCAGAUGCAAGUUCACUGUGCAUGUCUUCUCUAUCUGAUGGAUUAGCUGCCAAGUUGCUAGCUGCAUCAGACAAAUAUGGGUUACCUCGACUCAGACUGAUGUGUGAAUCUGUUCUCUGCAAGAUUAUGUCUGUUAAUUCUGUUGCCAUUAUUCUGGCCCUGGCCGACCGUUAUCGUGCUAUGGAUCUAAAGUCUGUUUGCCUAAAGUUUGCUGCUGAAAACCUAGUUGCCGUCAUGGAAUUGGAUGGUUUUGAGUAUCUCAAGGAAAACUGCCCACUGCUGCAGUCGGAGCUGCUGAAGACAGUUGCGGGCUGUGAUGAGGAACUUAGCGGAGGGGAAAAGACUCGGAGUGUGUGGGGCCAGUUUUCUGACGGAGGGGAUACAAAUGACAGGAGUGUAAGGCAACGAACCUGGGAAAAUGGAGGCGAGAGAAGUCAAAGCAUUUGGGUCCCGCUUUCGGAUGGUGGUGAUGCAAGAGGUAGGAGUAGAAGUAGGAGUCCCAGGCAAGAUGAUUGACAUGGAGGAUAUGUUUAUCGGUUUGAAUGUGAGUAGAUGGAAGGUAUGUGAUAAAAGAAUGUAUGAAAAGCAUGGCUGCUGUUAUUUUUUUCUGUAACGUUAUAUGUUUUGUUGAAUUAGAGAGUAAUUUUUGAGUUUGUAAGGCUGCAAACGUUAACGCAUUUGGUGCGACGGGUGACGCGGCCAGUGCAUGUACAAAAUUGUUGUGCCUUCGGGUGCGGCUCCAAUUUGGUUCCUAGUGUGAUUUUCUCACCACUCAUAA